AUGCCAGGACGAAGGACAUUCUUGAUUGGUGGUGGGUGCACGGCGUUCAUCAAGCCUCGAGCUACUAGGACUACGGAGGAUAUGGGGCUUGAGGCUGCUACCAAAGCCCUCCUCGAUGCGGGUAUCACUUACGACACUGUUCAAACUGCUUUCGUAGGGUACUGCUACGGUGAUUCGACUAGCGGACAGCGGGCUUUGUACAACCUUGGCCUCACCCAAAUCCCCAUCAUCAAUGUGAACAAUAACUGCUCAACGGGCUCGUCUGCGCUGUACCAAGCCAAUAACGCCGUUAAGUACGGCGAGGUCGAAUGUUCUCUUGCCCUGGGUUUCGAGAGGAUGAAGCCCGGCAGCUUGGGCACCAACUUCCCCGACCGCCCUUCGCCAAUGAUUUUGUUCAACCAGAAGUCAUACGAGCUCGAAGAGGAACUAGGGGAGAAUCACGGACCCGGAGCUCCUCGCAUGUUUGAUAAUGGGGCUGCUGAAUACUUUGCGAAGUACGGUGGUGGUAUCGAACAUUUGGCUAAGAUUGCUUCCAAGAACCACAGACACUCCGUAAACAACCCCUACUCUCAAUUCAGAGAUGGUUGGAGUGUCGAGAAAGUUUUGGCCGCUCCAAAGAUCACUAAGAACCUCACGAAGUUCAUGUGCAGCCCGACUUCCGACGGCGCCGCAGCGUGCAUCGUAGCCUCCGAAGACUUCGUGCAUGCCCAUGGCUUAGAGAACCAGGCCAUCGAAAUCGUGGCGCAGGCCCUGACCACCGACGGAUCCUCGACCUUCGAAGGGCGGAGCGCCAUGGACGUUGUUGGGUACCAGAUGACGAAGACAUGCGCGGAUAAAGUGUUCAAAGAAGCUGGAUUCGCUAACGGUCAGGGUCGUGAUCAAGUUGGCGUCGUCGAGCUGCACGAUUGUUUCUCAGCGAACGAGCUGAUCACAUACGCCGCCCUCGGCCUGUGCCCGCCGGAUGAGGCCCACAAGCUCGUGGAACGUGGAGACAACACUUAUGGUGGCAAGUACGUGGUGAACCCUAGCGGUGGCCUCGAAGCGAAGGGACAUCCGUUAGGAGCAACUGGAUUGGGAAUGCACUUCUACAUCAUGAUGCAACUCAGAGACUGGGCUGGGCCUAUGCAGGCGCCCGGGCUCUUCGACAGCCCUGACAAGCGUGGCAAAUACGGACUUGUACACAACGUCGGUCUGGGAGGUGCCGUGGUAGUGUCUCUGCUCAGGCGGCCCGAGUUCUACAAACCUGGAGGGGUGGAUGGCAGGGCAAGACUCGGGUAUAACCAUGCGUGCGAGUGUCGGCCUAUCACCGUGAACGAUGUAAACAAGGUCAAGUCCAAGACGGCUUCUCAGUAUGUCCUGCAACACGCGAAGCUCUGA